UUAAUAUCUUGCAUGUUUUGAAACUAUGUAAUGUUACUGGCAAUAAAACACCGGCCGGUGCGCGCCAUGUUUUCCGGCCGGCUGUCAUUUAUUUUCCACCGUACCGUACGUUCGUAAGGGCGUGUUGUACGUUCAUCAAUUUGCUCUCCACAUUUUUAUCAAUUUCAACAAGAUGCCUCUCCAGCUGACUAAGCCCGCUCCUCAGUUCAAGACCACUGCUGUGGUGAACGGCGAGUUCAAGGACAUCGCUCUCUCCGACUACAAGGGCAAAUACGUUGUGCUCUUCUUCUACCCUCUUGACUUGGAGGCCCGCAUCACAGAGGCUGCGAAGGACGAGCCCCAAGUGCCCAGUGCCCAAGCGGCCCCACCAUCUCCGUCUUUCCUGACAAUUCUCCAAAAGGCAGUAUGCUCGUGUCAGCGGACACAAGAGGACGCUCCUAAGUCAGACCAGGCCCGGACCGAGCCCUGCAAAGAGACCCCUCGCACAUUUGUGUGCCCGACCGAGAUCAUCGCGUUCUCGGAGCGCGCGGACGACUUCCGCAAGAUCGGCUGCGAGAUCAUCGGCGCCUCCACCGACUCGCACUUCACUCAUCUCGCCUGGAUCAACACUCCACGCAAACAAGGUGGUCUGGGCCCGAUGAACAUCCCGCUGCUGAGCGACAAGUCGCACCGCAUCGCGCGCGACUACGGCGUGCUCAACGAGGAGAGCGGCAUCCCCUUCCGCGGCCUCUUCAUCAUCGACGACAAGCAGAACCUGCGACAGAUCACCGUCAACGACCUGCCCGUCGGACGAUCAGUUGAGGAGACCCUCCGCCUGGUUCAGGCCUUCCAGUACACAGACAAGUUCGGCGAGGUGUGCCCCGCCAACUGGCAGCCCGGCUCCAAGACCAUCAAGCCCGACACCAAGGCUGCCCAGGAAUACUUCAUCGACGCCAACUAAACGCCCCACACCACAUAUCCUACCCUCCAACUUCACUGCACUCAUCCAAAAGAACAUUCUAGACAUUUUAUACAAAAUACUAGCCUUGUUACAGGUGUAGUGCAGUCAAGUUGAGUCGUAAAUUAGUAAUUAUACCCUAACCACGGAAAUUGCGCUCAUGAACAAUGUUAGUUAAGUUUAUAAUUAAAAAAACAUGGCUGUAAUGAUCAGAAUGAGAACAAUCAUGAGAGCAAUUUUCGCACUUUUUAAACACUGCACGGAAAAUUGGAGUUGAAGGUUGGCGUGUCUGAAUCUCAAGCGAUAGGCAGGCCAAAACCAUUCUUGCUGUGAAAUGUCCAAUAAAUCAAUCAAGUUGGAUGGCUCAAGCAGUUGGUCACUCCGAUUUUCCAAAACAGUUGGACAAUAAUGUAAUGUAGGUGACUAAGGUGCUUAGUACCUCACGCAAUCAGUAUUCAACGGAGAUCCUGUUAUUGUACUCUACAAUCGAGGCUGUAAUAAAAGCUAUGUGAAAAAC